UGAAUUUAUUUUACUGGUUAAAAUGCAACACUGCAAUAUUCUGAGUCAGAGCGAGAGCAGUAUAUGACUGCGAAUGAACUCGAUAAGGAAAUGAAUGGCAGAAAAGAAAAACAUUUUUUAAGGAAAAAGAAGUAAACGAGUGAUUAUUGAAUGAAGAGUGGUGAAUAGGAAUGUAAUCUGUAUUAUUAAAAUAGUAAAAAUAAUUUGUGUCGGAAUUGAUUACUAAGAUUGAUUGUGAAGAAUUAUAAGAUAAAAUUGGAAUAUUUCCUUUAAAAGAUAAUAUAUUCGUAAAGAGAAGAAUAACAAAAAGUGGCAGAGCAGUAUUGAGUGCCAGAGAUUUUGAAGUAAUUAUAAGUAAAGGAAAAUUGCUGCAAAUAAUUGCUCCAUAAAUUGCACCUUUGUCCGGGUAGAGUUCGGUUUAUAAAAACGGGGUAAACGUUCCAUUUCUGCUGAAGGUUAACUGGUACCUAUUGCUCUAUUAGAACGCAGUUGCAACGAAUUCUGUGGUACAUAAUCAAUCCUUCACAAAAACAGUACGUGGUCCAGAAAAUAUACACAGCUAUUGGCCAGAUUUCCAGUUCAAAGUUUAAAAAGGAAAAAUUCGAAUACUUUCCGAUAUAAUUAUGACCACAAUAAAUAUAAAUUCACGAAAAAGUCCAAUGCUGAAAAAGCAGGGCACAGACCAGUGGGUGAAGCUAAAUGUGGGUGGCACAUAUUUCCUUACAACAAAGACAACGCUGUCCCGUGACCCAAAUUCUUUUCUAUCACGUCUAAUACAAGAAGAUUGUGAUUUAAUAUCAGAUCGGGAUGAAACAGGUGCUUACCUGAUUGAUAGAGACCCGAAAUAUUUUGCGCCAGUGUUGAACUAUUUGCGACAUGGUAAACUCGUUUUAGACGGUGUAUCCGAGGAAGGUGUUCUGGAGGAAGCCGAAUUUUAUAAUGUCACACAACUGAUAACAUUACUGAAGGAGUGUAUAAAUCAUAGAGAUCAGCGUCCACAAGCCGAUAAAAAGCGUGUAUAUCGUGUAUUGCAGUGUCGUGAGCAAGAGUUAACACAGAUGAUCUCAACAUUAUCGGAUGGUUGGCGUUUUGAGCAAUUAAUUAGUGUCGGAAUGCAAUAUACGAAUUAUGGACCAUUCGAAAAUAAUGAAUUUUUAUGCGUAGUCUCGAAGGAAUGCGGCACAACGUCGGGUCGUGAAUUGGAACUGAACGAUCGCGCCAAAGUGCUACAGCAGAAGGGCUCUAGAAUUCUCGGCAUUUAAAGUAGAAUGAAAGCGAAUUCUUACACCACCUCCAACAUCCUCCCACACCACCACCACCCUAGCAUCUUUGCAUAGCGAAAGACUUUGCGUAAUAGUGUCCCCACUCACAAACCUUAUCACAAAAUAAACAACAACACCAAGACCACUACCGCCCGCAAGCAAGACAACACCAAUAUUCAACUCAUCACCUAAAACACACUCUCAUUUGAAAUAACCAUUGAAGCAUUGUCACCUUGAGUUCACCAAUUCAAUACACCAAUUUUCAACAUAACAACAGACGGCAAUCACAACUAACACCAAGCCAGCAUCACUAGCGUUUGUAGCGCUCUGAGUUCGCCAAGCAAUGCAUAGUUAACCACAUGCUCAGUAGUGUCGCCCACACUUACUUACAUACUUACAUACAUAUAUAUAUAAAUAUAUAUAUAUUUAUAUUAAUAUAUAAUAGAAUAACUGCAAAUUUAUAAGAAGAAACGAUAUUAUAGUGAUGUAGUAUAUGUUUCAUAAUUUCACUCAUACAUAUGCAAAUAAUUAGCAUUAAAUUGUGAUUAACACUCAUUCGUACAUUUCAAGCGCAAAUCGGCAAAAAAAAAAUUCUGCGAAAAAAUAGUAUUUUUUUAAAUAGAAAAUGUAUUAAGCAUUGCCGGCAACAGUUUUUUUUUAAACUCAUUAAAUGUGAAGCUGCCGCGUGAUUCAAUACUUUGUUUCCUUAAUAAAAAAAUUAAAUUACAGAAAUAAUAAUAACAAGAAGAAAAACAUAACUAUUAAAAAUAAUACUGAAAAAUCCUUACUUACAAACAUACAUACAUAUAUAAUGAAAAUGCAAAUGUAAUAGUAAUAUCAAAGCUAGCUUCACGUUGCCGUUCGCUAACGGUAGAUGCAAAUCUAUUUCAUCAAACGUUAUAUAUAAUUUAUAUUCAGUGUGAAAAUCGGAGAAAAAAGCAACUGAAAAUAAAAAUAAUCAACAACUGUUAUAUACAAUAUUUUGCUAUUAAAACGAUAUUAAAUUUUUUGAAUAUGUAUUUCUUAAGUUUAUUAAACUAAACCUGUAUCUUUGCGAGAAUUGCGAACCAAACUUGUAUGCUUUAGUUUGGUAUUUAAAGAAAGAAGAAAUUUAUGCAAUAAUUAUAUUGAAGUUAUAAACCCAUAUAUCUACAUAUAAACACAAACCUACAAAAAUGAAAAUAUGUAUAUUGCACAAAUUUUGGAAAAAUAAAUAUUAAUUAAUUUUUAGCUUGUAAACAUUGCUGCUCAGUCUGCGUUUAAUAAUUAAAAAAAAGGAAAUUUGAUGAAAUACAAACAUACAUACUUAUUGGUGGAAAAUAUUGUUUUUUCAAAUGUAGUGUUUUUUAAUAUAAUUAUAUUUGUUAGAUGAUUUGAUUUUGGUAUUAAAAUAUUUUACGCUUGAUUUCGAUUAUACACUCUUAAAUUUUGAAGUCAAACACAAAAAUGAUGUUAUGCGAAGAGUAUUCAAUUCUGACAGUCUAAGUGGUUCACAACUCAUAAAAAAAUUAUUAAAUAUUAUUAGUUAAAAAAUUACUAAAAACAAUUACUAUUAAAACAUAUUUUUUCAUGCGUUAAAAAUGUUUUUAUGUUGGAAAAAUACAAAAUCUGCAGAAUAAUCAAAUCAAUUUCUUUUCAAAUAAAUUACACCAAUUACUAUUAAAAAUAUUUUUUAUAAGUAAAAAUAAUGUUUUAAAGUUAAAAAAAAAAAAUAAUUCUGCAAAAAAAAUUUUUUUCAAACUAUUUAAUUUUUUUAAGAGUUACUGUUACCAAAUGUUUUUUAUGAAAAAAAAAUUUAAGUUGUAAAAAAAUACUAAUCCUUCGAAAAUUUUUUUUUUUCAAAUUAAUUACAACAAUUUCAAUCAAAAAAUAUAUUUUUAUGAGUAAAAGAAGGUUUUCAAAUUGUUAAAAAUAACAAUUCUGCAAAAUAUUUUUUUUGAUAAUUACAACAAUUACUAAAUUAAAAAGUGGUUUUUAUGCUUAAAAUAGGUUUUUAAACUAUAAAAAAUAAUAAUUCUACCAAACAUUUUUUUUCAACUUAAUUACUAUAAAAAAUAUUUGUUUUAAGGGUAAAAACGGUUUUUAGGUUGUAAAAAUAAUAAUUCUGCGAACUAUAUUUUUUUAAUAUUUGUUGUAUAAUGCAUCAAAUUUUAUUAAAGCUCUGUUAUAUACAUAGAUAUUUAUCAGCAAACUUCUUUUCUAUGCAAUUCAAACAUUUUGUUGAUAGAAUGAGAGAAAUUUCAAAGAGUGCCUCACCUAACCUUACGAAUCUGGAAAAAUAUGAAAUGAAAAAAUGUAAAUUAUGAAAAAAAAUUAAUUGAACUGUGCUGAAAAUUCAAUAAAAUAUUUGUUCAUUACAAAAAAUAGCAUUAACACAAAUUUGCUUAUUAAAAAUAAAUAAAUUAAAAUUUGAACAAAAAAAAAAUUAAUUUAAAGUUGAAAAAAAAAAUAAAUAAAUUGAAAUUUUGUUCAUUAUAAAAAAAGAAUUACAAAUUUUUGUUCAUUAAAGAAUUGCAAAAAAAUAAAUAAAAAGUAGUUAUAAAAAUUUGUUCUUUAUAAAAAAGAAUUACAUCAAAAUUUGCAAAAGUAUUAGUACAAAUAAUGUUUUUAAUAAAAAAAUUAAAAAAAAAAUUUAAUACAUAUUUUGUUGUAUAGUCAUUAUAAAAGCAUACAACAAAAUUUAAUUAGUUAAUGGUAUUUGUUUUUCAAUGAAAUAAACAUUAAUUUCUUUACCUAACCUCAAAUUACAAAAAUAAAUUUUCAAUGCAAGCAAUUUAAUUCAAAACAAAAUAGAGGAUUACUAUCUAAAAGUUAAAUAUUCAAAAACUGAGAAAGAAAUAAUGAAAAAAAUUAUAAAAAAAAUAUUUAAAUAAUGUAAAUAUUUUAAAUAAUCAGAUACUGGAAGAAAAUUAACUGAAAAUUUUUCAAAACAUUUUAGCCAAAUGUCUUUUCAAAUUAUGUUUUCAUUUUCACCAUAAAAUAUUUACUAAAAAUAUAGUAAUUUUGGCUGACUGUAACGGCCAACACGAAAUUCGAAUAUUAAAUUUUCAUAAAAUCGAAAAAAUUAACUGUAUAACUUUAUUAUAAGCAUACUAUUUAACUACUCGUUUGCUGAGCAGCAAUGUUACAUACGAAAGCACUGAGUGAAAAUUAAUAAUAUGAAUAUUUAUGCAAAAUACAAGUUAUUCACCACAAUGAACCGUUAGAAUUAAAACCAUUAACAAAUAUAUACAUACAUACUUGCAAACAUAUAUGUAUAAGCAAAAUAAAAAAACUGUCUGAACACAUAUACAUACAUACAUAGAAUUGCAAAAAUUUCCGUUAUGCAUAGCAAACUGUAAAUUUAGGCGCAAAACCAUUUACGAAACACACACGCAUACACACAUACAAUACGUACGCAUAUAAAAUGUUGAAACACAUAGAAAACGCUACGAAUUGCGAAUUUAUUACAAUAAUUAAAGAAAUAAUUAAACUUUUAUUUAAAACACAAUUUUGCACACACACACACACACACACACUACGCAACGUACGUGCAACAUAAGCUUUUCUUAUGUUUCGUUCCGUUAUGCCGCGUCUUGUAUUCACUGAAGUUUUAUACAUACAUACAUACUCGUAUAUGCUAUAUGCUGUAGUCUAAAUAAAGCAAAUGUAGUAUUUACUCGUAAAUAAUUCCGACUGACUUAAAACAAAAAAAAAAAUUAAUAAAAAUAAAUUAAAAAUGCUGCGUCUGCCAUCCUCUGACACCACACCGUUGUGGCGUCACUUUGUGUGCAUUGGUUCGGCAGCGACAGCAGCAGCAGCAGCAGCGACAUAAACAAAUAAAAAUUUUAAUUAGAUAUGCAAUGAAACAAACAAAAAAAUAAGAAAUAAAUAAUUGAAAAUUAUAUUAAAGAAAUUGUGUGAAAAGCAAAUUAGCAAAGACAAAAAAUGCAAAAAUUGUGUUUGUUCGAAUAUUUAAGAACUUUUUUUUUGAUUUACAUACUUACAUGCAUGCAGACAUAACAUACAUAAAGAAAAGAAAACAAUUGCCUCUACAUAAAACAACAACAGAUAUUUGUGUAACGUUAUAAGCUGCAAGAGCUUGUAUAAAUGAUAUAUAUUAAUUCAAUAAAACAAAAAUCCUUUUUUCUAAAAAAAAUUGAGUUUUUUUAAAUAGACUACAUUAUAGAAUAAAUUAAAAUUCACGCUUCAAAAUUAAAAUUAUCCUACAGUGCAAAAUAUAGAAGGUUUUAAUUGUCAGUGACGGUUAGUAGUACCUUAAGACCUCAAAACUGGGUACAACAGUUCUCCAUUGAUACACGCUCCACGACUGCAGUGUUACUUUUAGGAACCAACCCACUAUCGUAUACUGCUGUGUAAUUUCUGUGGACAACAGCAGCGACAUCUAUAUCGGAUGUAAAAAGUUCGUGUUCAAUUAAGCAAAUAUGUAUUAGAGAUCUUCAAGGAAUCGAUUCUGACAAAGAUCGCCUAAUACAGACUGCCUUUUCUCAUAGGCACAACAGCAAAUGUCACCAUCGUGGUGAUGGAUGCCCGCUUCAUGAGUCCACGAAAGCAGGAUGAGCUUUCCGUUCGAAGCGUUGAGACUUGCAGACACCGUUAGACCUUGACCAAAUUGAAAUUUACGAAACAAUCAUGAAUCAAAAAAAAAAAAGCUGGGGUUGGGCAAGCAUUGAAAACUAUGGCAAUAUCCUAGUCAAAAAACAAUUUCCCCCACAUCUACAAGACUCGUCAAAAAAGCUGUGAUUAAAAGCAAUGCAUCAAAAUUAAUCAAGUCUGUUAGAGUCUCUAUGCAUUUACCAAACUGAUAGGAUGUACUAGGUGCCAAGAAUCUCAUAAAGCUGGUAAAUCUGUCUUUAGAUAUCUUUAUUAUGGAAAACUGCUCAAGUGGUCUUCAUAAAAUAAAACGCAAAUAAAACGUUGGAUCUUAUCGAAUCACCUUUUUUGAUCACAUCUGUCUGUAUCGUCCUCACCGUUUGAUUUUCUAUAACCACUCCAAGAAAAUCAAGAGUAGAAGGUCCUUGAGAACAAGCCGUUAACAAUGGUCUCUUCUUUCUCUCCGCAUAUUUAUUGGAUACAAUCCUUUAUCGUCUAGUAAGUAAUACAUACAAUAUAGGUGUGUUCAAAAAAUAACGGGCAUUUUUUUUUUAAUUAUAUAUUCGUCUUAAUGUUGUCACCUUCAAAAUAGUUUCCACUCAAUAUUAUACACUUUUGCAAGCGCUUUUUCAAAUCGUCAAAACACUUUAACACUCAAACCGCGACCCUUUAAAGUUCUCUAUAUUUUUGGAAAUAGGAAAAGGUCACACGGAGCCAUGUGUGGCAAGUAUGAAUGCUGGAGCAUCGUUACAGUUUUUGGCAAAGAAUGCAGGAACAAUGCAAAAAAAUUGACAAUUGGACUCUCCAAACCCGUCAAACUUUAAAAUUCCCGUUAUUUUUUGAACACACCUUGUAUAAAUAUGAUAAAAAAAACAGUAUUAAAACUUUUAUUGAACAAUGUUUCCAUCACUACUCACAUAUUUCAACUAUGUAGUUGCCAAAAAGUGUAGCAUAACUUGAGUGAGAAAGAGAGUAAGUCCUCCCACAACGAACUGCAUACAAAAUUGCAGCAGUUAGUACUACACUGAGCUUCAAACUGUCGACAUACAACAGGUGCACCCAACUAUUGCGCUCUCUGUAUCUCACUCACGUACUCUACCACUCUCUGUCUAGUUGGCUCCCCUUUAACUACUGGAAACUCACCAGGUGAGUUGCUUUUACGUGCAUGGCUUUAAUUCAACUGACAUUUCACCACAGUUAACAUGGCCAGCCAUCGAAUUCGGUUUAGUUUUUAACGAAUCAGCGACAAUUGCGGACGUGAAAAUUCGAUACGCGGCGGUUGUAUCAACAUAUAACCCACUCAUAAUCCAAAUCCCAAUUCAUAUUUCGUAGCAUAUUUAUUUACAAGUGGUUUUCAAACAGAGUUACGGGCGCACUGCUCAGUGCUGAGGCGGUGUCAAAUUCCACGAUUGAGUCGUGUUACAGUUUCGAUUCGAAAAAAGUGAACAACAACAAUAAAUAAAUAUAAAUAAAUUAUGAUUUUUGUAUAAAAUUCAAAUACAUUGUGCAACAAUUCGUAUGUUUAAUCAAAAGCAAUAACAACAACAAUAACAGUUAGUUGUGUCUAACAUAGCGUGGCAAUAACAACAAUACGUGGAAAAGAGUGCAACAACAAACAAUAAAUAAAUAUAAUACACAUACUCGUGUAAUAAUAACUGUGAACGUUUGGGAAGAGUUAUUUCAACUCACCGGAAGAUCACCACACAAGAACAACUCAAUGGCUGUUGCAGCUUAAAACAUGUGUGGUAGUUGUUGUGAUCUCCAUUCGGAAGAAAUUAACAAAUUGGCAAACAAGAAAAGCCGCUAAACAACAACAACA